AGUUCGGCGAGACCUUAACGGCCAUUUUGAUGGCGGUUUGAGGUGAGAUAAACACUCGGGUGCGUUUGUUUUUUAGUUUGUUUUUAGCAUUAAAUGUUGUUUCAGAAAGUCACUGUGUGAUAGUUUCCCGGACGUGGACACGCUGAAAGCAAAGUUUAGACGCGUCGGAAAGCGCGGAAACCUCCCUGCCAUUCAUUUUUUUUUCUCAAGCGUGUUCGUUGUUAGCAGGAGAGCUAACUAGCUGGCGGAGCGCGAGGGCCUGCUCUGUUCAUGGGCGCUAGUAAAACACUUUUAUGAAGUAUAAGCCCACAUCAAGUGAGAAUCGUGAUCACGAACAGUUGAUAUAUAGGUGGAUAAAGUAUUAAUCUGUGCAACGUUAGUGUUUUCAGUUCAAAUACGCGCGGAUUUGCUAGAUAUUUUUCACAAAGCUGGCUGCGGUAGUUAGUUAACUGAAUUAUUUAGCGAGUGUGGUGGCUAACGGGAGCUAGCACGAGGCGACCGAUCUUGGCGCGUUUAAGUACCGGCUGGCGAAUCUUAUAAUUAGCGAAACAUGGAAACGUGUUACAUUCGUGUGGCUGAGGAUGAAAACGAGGAGCCGAUGGAGAUUCCGUCAGAGGAAGACGGCACCGUGCUGCUGUCGAGCGUAGCCGCACAGUUUCCAGGCGCGUGCGGCCUACGCUAUCGGAGCCCGGUCUCGCAGUGCAUGCGAGGCGUCCGCCUGGUCGAGGGCGUGCUGCACGCACCAGACGCAGACUGGGGCAAUCUGGUUUACGUCGUCAAUUAUCCAAAAGAUAACAAAAGGAAGAUGGAUGAAAUGGAUGCUGCCUCUGCUGUGAAGAUUAAGAGAGGUAUCCAAAAAACCUCAGAUUUGAUUGUUCUUGGGUUACCUUGGAAAACAACAGAGCAAGACCUGAAAGACUAUUUCAGCACUUUUGGAGAAGUGAUAAUGGUGCAGGUUAAGAGAGAUGUAAAAACUGGAAACUCCAAAGGAUUUGGCUUUGUGAGAUUUACAGAUUACGAGACACAAAUUAAAGUCAUGUCCCAGCGGCACAUGAUUGAUGGGCGGUGGUGUGACUGCAAGCUCCCCAACUCAAAGUAUUUCCUGGAACAGGCUGGACUGGAUGAGCCUAUGCGCAGCAGGAAAGUGUUUGUGGGCCGCUGUACAGAGGACAUGACUGUUGAUGACCUCAGGCAGUUCUUUAUGCAGUAUGGUGAAGUCACCGAUGUCUUCAUACCCAAACCUUUUCGGGCUUUUGCCUUUGUCACUUUUGCAGAUGACCAGGUUGCACAGUCGCUGUGUGGUGAGGACCUGAUCAUUAAGGGCACCAGCGUGCACAUCUCCAACGCAGAGCCUAAGCACAAUAAUAGUAGGCAAAUGAUGGAUCGUGGUCGUUUUGGGGGGUUCGGGCAGGGCUUUGGUAGUAGUCGCAGUGGUAGUAGCAGUGUGAAUUUUGGCGCUCUUAGCCUCAACCCAGCUAUGAUGGCAGCUGCACAGGCUGCCCUCCAGAGCAGCUGGGGAAUGAUGGGCAUGCUGGCUAGUCAGCAGGGUCAGACGGCUGCCUCUGGCACCACCUCAGCGGGCCAGACCAGCGGCAGUAGAGAUCAGAAUCAGAGCUAUAGCACAAGUGGGAACAACUACGGUGCCACCAGCUCAGCCAGUCUCGGGUGGGGGGCAGGCACCAAUUCGGCCUCCGGCAGUGGGUUCAGCUCAGGCUUUGGCUCCAGUAUGGAGACCAAAUCCAGUUGGGGGAUGUAGAGGGUUGCUUUUGUUUCGCUUGUGUGGUAAGUAUUUUGAGAAGUUUGUAGCCAAUCUUGUUUCAUUUUUGUUUUAAAGGGGGAAAUGUUCUGAAGGUUGUUAUACAUUAAACUAGCUCUGUAAAAUUUGAGUGGGGGAAAUCAUGAGUGGUAUGAAGAAUAAGAAAGUUGCUUUUGUUUUCAUUGAUUAGCUAAAAUGUGAUUUUAUGUUAUGGGUACUAAACUGAAAUGUCAAGCGUCAUAUUGUUUCAGUGCCCUCUCAGUCGUGUUUAGAGAUGCUUUGUUUUGAACCUGAUUUUGAGUUGCAGUGUGUGGACUUGUUGAAUUGUUUUUUUUGAAGUUUAUGGUCAAGCCUUCAUAAAUUUCUUCUACAGUUCACCACCUCUUUUCCAAUUUCCCGGGAAGAAGCCCCUCGUUGGCCGCAAUGUUCGAGCGAUCUCAGUAUCAGUACCCUUCUUCCCAUGUGUA